UUGCUGGCUGUGUCGGGCUGAUUGUGUGGUCGGGGUGGGGGCAGCGCCUCGGUGCUUUCAGGGUUAAGAAUAGCUGAUGUGCAUGCUGCUGAAUGGAGUGUCGGUUUUCAGCGCAAACUCCUCCUCUAAAGCCACCGACAUCCUGCGCUUUUCCUUCCACUUCAACAACCAAGUAGUUUUUUUUCUUCUUCUUCUUCUUUCUUGGAGCGCUCUCUCUCUCUCUCUCCAGCAGCUGUGUGGAGGGAAGGAACGAGCGGCUGAAAGAUUUGUCGCAUUCUCUCUCUCUCUCCUUUUUAUUUGGUAGAACUUUGUGGACGAACACAAGAAACAGUUUGUUCUUAUGGGAAGGAAAACGAAUCAGAAGUGAAGAAACCUCCCCCCCCUUUCUUUCUUUCUUCUUGUUUUUAACUUGAUCCAUUUCUCUGCGCUUCAUGGACACACGGAGAUGAAACUGUUGCUUUCUCUCGCUGUUGUAAGUUUAUGUUGUCUCCGGGCCCCGUAGGAGGAGAGAAAGAGAGAGGGAGCGAGAGAGAGGGAGAGAAAGUCCCCCCACCUCCACCCCUCCAUUCCUCAGGAGCACAAGAGACAUACAAGGAGGACCGCAAGUUGUCCACAAGCUGCAAAAGGAGACGAAAGUUUGCCAAGUUUGCUGCGCAUCCGGCCGCAGACGCCAAAAACAUUUCAUCGAUAUUUUUCAAGCGGCGCCAGAGUUGCGACUUCUAAACUGUGGAUUAUGGACGCGGAUGGAGCACGAAACCGACCUGACGGGAUGAAAGAGGACUUCUGAAACUGUUAUUGCGAACAGCGUUCACUGCACCGGCGGCGCGUUUCUGGACACCGCUUCUAUAAAUAUAUAUAUUGAAAAGUAAACUCUUCUCGUUGUUUUCCUCCUCGUCCACCGGUGCGCAAACAUGCCUCAGCUGAACGGAGGCGGCGGGGACGAUUUGGGGGCCAACGAUGAGAUGAUUUCGUUCAAAGACGAAGGGGAGCAGGAGGAAAAGAUCUCCGAGAACGUCUCCGCGGAGCGGGACCUGGACGAUGUCAAAUCCUCCUUGGUGAACGAGUCGGAGAACAACAGCAGCUCGUCGGACUCUGAGCAGGCAGAGAGGCGCCCCCAAACCAGACCCGACUCAGAAAGUUAUGAAAAAGCAAGAGACUACUUCAGUGAAGCACUGAGAAGACAGCAAGAUGGUGGCCUUUUUAAGAGUCCACACUAUCCAGGCUACCCGUUCCUCAUGAUCCCAGACCUCACCAACCCGUACCUCUCCAACGGCUCUCUGUCUCCCAGCGCAAGAACAUACCUGCAGAUGAAAUGGCCGCUCUUGGAUGUUCCUACCUCUGCAGGGAUAAAAGAUUCUCGUUCUCCAACACCGGGGCAUUUGUCCAAUAAAGUCCCCGUGGUCCAGCACGCCCACCAUGUCCACCCACUGACGCCCCUUAUCACCUACAGCAAUGAACACUUCUCUCCCGGCACGCCGCCAUCACACCUCUCGCCAGAGAUCCUCGACCCAAAAACAGGUAUCCCACGAACGCCUCAUCCAUCAGAACUUUCUCCGUACUACCCUCUGUCUCCCAGUGCUGUCGGUUCGAUUGCGCAUCCUCUGAGCUGGUUCAUGCAGCAGCAGGGCCAGCCCAUGUACUCCAUCCCUCCAGGGGGAUUCCGUCACCCCUAUCCUGCGCUGGCCAUGAAUGCCUCCAUGUCCAGCCUGGUGUCCAGCCGUUUCUCCCCUCACAUGGUGACCCCUCCUCCGCACGGCCUCCACCAAACCGGCAUCCCCCAUCCCGCCAUCGUCUCGCCAGCCAUCAAGCAAGAACCCAGCGGUGACAACAUCAGUCCCUCCAUGCAUGCCAGGAAGUCUCCCGUUCCUGCCAAGAAAGAAGAGGACAAGAAGCCUCACAUCAAGAAGCCUCUCAACGCUUUCAUGCUGUACAUGAAGGAGAUGAGAGCCAAGGUGGUUGCAGAGUGCACUCUGAAAGAGAGCGCCGCAAUUAACCAGAUUCUUGGAAGACGAUGGCACUCACUGUCAAGAGAGGAGCAAGCCAAAUACUACGAGCUGGCCAGAAAAGAGAGGCAACUGCACUCCCAGCUCUACCCUGGAUGGUCAGCACGAGACAACUAUGGAAAGCGGAAAAAGAGGAAGAGAGAGAACAAACCCGACUCCAAACCAGAGGACUUCUCCCUCCGGACGAAGAAGCAGUGCGUGCAGUACCUGCCCUCGGAGAAGAUGUGCGACAGCCCCGCCUCGUCGCACGGCAGCAUGCUGGACUCUCCGGCCACCCCCUCCGCCGCCUUGGCCUCCCCCGCCGCUCCGGCCGCCACCCACUCCGAACAGGCCCAGCCGCUGUCGCUCACCACCAAACCGGAGGGACGCGUGCAACACCACUUCUCCUUACCUGGGAAGGCCUCUGGGUCCUCCUCUUCUUCCUCCUCCUCCUCCUC